CGUACGGACGACGCGCGACUCAAAGCUGCUCAAAGCAUCAGCUACCACGACGGUGCGCGUGUGUGUGUCUUCGAAAAUUGUGGUAUUCACGUUAGCAUUUCGCAGACGAUGAUACUGAUACAGGAGAGGUGAUCCCUAGGCUUGUCAGAUUUAUAAUAAAUUCAACGAUGGCUAGUAAUGCAAGAGGGAUACCCCGUAUACAGGUCUUUAGACCAACAUAUGAGGAAUUUAAAGAUUUUACGAAAUAUGUGGAAUAUAUGGAAAGUCGAGGAGCUCAUAAAGCUGGUUUGGCAAAAGUAAUACCACCAUCCGAAUGGAUUCCCAGAAAGAAAGGCUAUAAUCUAGAUGAGUUAGAUCUUACUAUCCCAGCGCCAAUCUGCCAAGUUGUCACUGGAAAACAAGGACUUUAUCAACAAAUUAAUAUUCAAAAGAAGUUAAUGACAGUACAAGAAUAUAGUAAAUUAGCCAAUUCUGAUCGUUAUGCUACUCCUCGUCAUUUUGACUAUGAAGAUUUGGAGAGGAAAUACUGGAAGAAUAUAACGUACGUAGCGCCGAUAUAUGGCGCAGAUGUAUCUGGUUCUUUAACGGAUCCAGAUGUGAAAGAGUGGAACAUCAAUCAUUUAGGAACAAUUCUGGAUUAUGUUAAUAAGGAUUAUGGUAUAUCCAUCGAUGGUGUUAAUACAGCUUAUCUGUAUUUUGGAAUGUGGAAAACUACAUUUGCCUGGCAUACAGAAGAUAUGGAUCUAUAUUCCAUAAAUUAUUUACAUUUUGGUGCGCCGAAAACAUGGUACGCUAUACCUCCGGAACAUGGACGUAGAUUAGAGAGACUAGCUAGCGGCUUUUUCCCAACCAGCUAUCAAAAUUGCCAAGCCUUCUUGCGCCACAAAAUGUCUCUUAUAUCUCCUCAAAUAUUAAGGCAGUAUUCUAUUCCAUGUAACAAAAUAACGCAGGAAGCUGGAGAAAUAAUGAUUACAUUUCCAUAUGGUUAUCAUGCUGGUUUUAACCAUGGAUUCAAUUGCGCCGAAUCCACUAAUUUUGCAGCACCUAGAUGGGUAGAAUAUGGAAAGAGAGCUACGCAAUGUACCUGCAGUAAAGAUAUGGUCAAAAUAUCUAUGGAUACCUUUGUGAAACGUUUUCAACCAGAUAGGUAUGAAUUGUGGCUACGUGGUGAGGAUGUUGGUUCUCAUCCUGAAGAUCCUAGACAGACUGCUGCACCAAUGCCGUCACAAAUGGAUCUAUUAUGUAGUAAUAAUAGCAAUGGUGAAUUACCACAAGGCUAUUUGAGUGCAACACCAAAAAAUAAGCGACAUAUGAUUCAUAAGAAAAAGAAUAUUAUACGCACGAAUCCUGGUAUAAAUAUGGAAGAACUUGCGAAUCGUGCGGAUAUUCCACCAGAUGUUAAAAAGGCCUUACAAGACAUUGAAUUUGAUGAACUAGAAGAACCACCAGAUGAACAACAGUUAGAAGUUCUAGAAGACAUUUGGCUAAAAGCAGGAGAAAUGGAAAUUGAUGAAGCAACUGUCUAUGAUGAUGGUUACAAUCGCAAGAAAAGCAAGAAAAGAAAGAAAAGACAAAAUGGAGAUAAAGAAAAAAAACCAAAAAUUGAAUCAAAAUCUAAGAAGGAAACCAGCAAAAUUACUGCACAGAAUGUGAAUGUAGUUAAAACUGAAGAUGAUAUGUCUACUUUUGAAUACAUAUCCCAGGAAAAUAUGGAAGAAUUUCCUGUGCCUCAAGGAAAUUACAAUGAUGAAAUUAUUAUAAAAGCUGAAUCUACUAUAGAUCCUCUAAAAAUAGAGGGUUAUCCCUUAAAUGAUUUUAAUCCUUCAGUUAUUGAAAAAGAUGGCAAAAGAAAAAAGAGGCAUACAAAACAUAACGAGCAGAAAAAAUUGAAGUCAAAACGUGUGUCUAAAGGUAAACGUAAACGCGACAAUAUACCGUUUUUCGAUGCAUCAACUUCAAACGUUUCAGAUGCUACUGUGCAAACUGAAGCUAAAGCAUUAGAUGAUCUUAACAUAUAUGCUAUAAAUAAUAUGUAUAAUAACCAAGAAAAAUUUAAUUUAAUGCAGCUAAGCGUUUCGCUUAGUAAUGAGCUUAAUAAGAAAACUACGAGUACAACUAAUACUAAUCCGAUAAAAAGUUCUGCAUUUAACAACGACAAAAAAGACAUCACAGAAUUAACGAGUGUUACAGAAAACAGAAUAACUACUUCACCGACAAAUGAUAGCAGUGAUUCUUCAAAAAUGACAUUUACAAAUAGAAAUUUCGAAAAGAACUGUUUUGCUAAUGAACAGAACAUAAAUUCUGAGUGUCAGAACGAAAGUACAAGAACCAUGGUUGCUCAAAUAGAACAGUUUACAAACGAUAAAAAUAUGGAUGUGUUUACAGAAAGCGGGCCAAUACAAAGUAAUACUCAUAAAAGCUUGCUAAAAGCACCUCGUUUGAAUGUACCGUCAUCGAUUACACCUCCCAAAUCACAAACUGAAAAUCAGCAGAUGCAGCAACCUAUGCAAUCAAAGAUUUAUCUUGAUCAUUCACAAAAAAAUAGUGUUCUUCUUUUACGACCUGCUUACCCUAAACCUCCAGUUUUACAAGAUGAAACGGAAAUGCAGUAUAUAAAAAACGAUAGCACAAUUCAAAAUGCUCCACCAUCGUUAGAAUUUUCUCUUAUUCGGAGGCUUCCAUCUGAUACUGCUAUUACUCAGGUGCCCAAUAUCAAUUGCAAGCACACGUUUCCAAACAUUAAUCCAUUUAAACAGCCUAACACAAAUUUAAAGAUGAAAAUAAAUUUGGGAAAUUUACCCUAUACGAGCAACAGUUCUAAGAAAUUAACAGAGACAUCCUUGCAAAAUAUAUAUCCAAAUGCUCCUAAAACGUCUCAAGCAGUCGCAUUAGAUAAAUCGAAUAUCGUUCCUUUUCUAAAUCCAUCAUCCAUAGCACCACAGACAAAUCCAAUACCCAAUACGAUAUCACAAUUUCCAAUGUUAUCUACCCUGGUAGGUCCUCGGCCUAUAUUGAUACCUAUAAGUUCGUGUGUGCAAAAUAAAAACACUGAUAUACCGGCAUUUUUGUUACCUGCAUCUGCAGUUCAAAACAGUUCAAAACAAGCUAUGCCAAAAAUUACUGAGAAUGCACCAACGCGUCAUAGGCUGCAAAAAGGAACAUCACGUAGGAAAACAUCAGCAAAAAAUAAUAAGUCAAAUAAUGCAUCUCCAAAUACUUCUCAAGUUAACACUGUGAAUACUUUCGUUGAAGCUCAGAUUAAUAAUUCUACUGAUAUGCGGAUAAAUAUGACCGAUUCAAACGUGCUAUCACGAAUUACAAAUACGCAAAAAAACAUGUUACACGGAAAUGAGCGUUUAAAUAUAUCUGACAAUAAGACACAGGUACAAGACUUACAAAAGCAAACAGAUUUUUCUUUAGAUUUAAAUUCAUCUAAAUCAAAACAUAAAGCACCUAUUUUAAGAAAGAAACCCAAAGAGAAGAAAGCUACAACAAGGAGAAAACAACCAUUGGCUAUUGCUCCAAAGACUAUUAUACCUGUGAAUAUGGCUCCUUCGACCAUUGUUCCUGUGAACACUGCUCCUCCAGCUGUUGCAAAUAUUGCAACAGUUACUCCUCCAGCUAUUGCAAAUGUUGCAACAGUUGCUUCUCCAGCUAUUGCAAAUGUUGCAACAGUUACUCCUCCAGCUAUUGCAAAUAUUGCAACAGUUCCUUCUCCAAUUAUUGCAAAUGUUGCAACAGUUGCUCCUCCAGCUAUUGCAAAUGUUGCAACAGUUGCUCCUCCAGCUAUUGCAAAUGUUGCAACAGUUGCUCCUCCAGCUAUUGCAAAUGUUGCAACAGUUGCUCCUCCAGCUAUUGCAAAUGUUGCAACAGUUGUUCCUCCAGCUAUUGCAAAUGUUGCUUCUAUGACCGAUACUCCUAUAAGUGUUACUCCUGCGAUUACUACUAUGCCUGUUGCUACUCCAACUGUUGCUUUGGUGAUAGAACCCAUAAAAGAUCAAUCUACAUCAACACAAUCUGCCGAUAUGCCACAAUUCUGUAGUUCUCUGCCAACAUCGGUAAUACCAGGACAUAUUUCUGAUAUGAUUUAUCCGAAUAUACCAAACAAUGAUCUGCUAAAAGCAUUCAAUGAUUAUUGGAGUGCUCAAGUGUCCCAUUGUGCAAUAUGCGCUACUUUUGCCUUGUGUACAAGCGGAAGCAGUAGAAUGAUGCCACCUGAUUGGAAAUAUUGUACAUCAACUACGCUACCUGAAAGUACACCAAUAUGGGUGCCAGCCACUAUCUAUGCAGCAAACUCUAAGGAACAGGCCAUGGAAUCAGAGAAUAACAAACUUUUACGAUGCAGAGAAUGUCACGUAACUGUUCAUGCAUCUUGUUACGGUAUAACUAUAUUACCUACGGAUAUUCAAAAUUGGGCCUGUGACAGGUGUAAAGCUGGCAGAAACGAUGCAAUGUGUUGUAUGUGCCCAAUGUUUGGUGGUCCACUGAAGCGUACCAGUGAUAGCAGAUGGGCGCAUAUCUUAUGUACGCUUAUGGUACCAGGAGCCACAUUCAAAGAUGCCAUAAAUAAAGAUCCUAUCAAUGUAUUAACGAUCGUCGCGGACUCAUUACACAAGAAAUGUUGUUUCUGCAGCCAAGCCGGUGGAGCGUGCCUGAAAUGUAAUCAGUGCAAUAACGUGUUUCAUCCAUCUUGUGGUCUUGCGGCAGGCGCUACAUUUAGCAUACCAGUAUAUACUUCAGAGGAACUUUGGGUAACAUGUAAUGAACACGAUGAAGGCAAAGAAAAGAUCCCACAGAUACGUCAAGGAGAAACAGUGUGGGCAAAGCAUCGUAACAAACGAUAUUAUCAAGCCAAAGUAGGAGCUAUCGAGGAUACCGUCUUUUAUAUGGUUACAUUUGACGAUAAAAGCUUCAGUGAUGAUUUGUACCCUGUAGAUGUAACCAACUAUAAACCUGGAAAUACACCUCUACCUGGAGCUGCAGUGACGGUGAACUGGACAGACGGUCAAAUAUAUAAUGCCGUCUUCGAAGGUACAAAUCAUCGAAUAAUGUUCACUGUGAUUUUCGAGGAUGGUUCUCAACUUAUUUUAAAACGUAAUGACAUCUACAGUUUACAAGAAGAAAUGCCAAAAAGAGUGCGUUCUCGUCUGUCUGUUGCGACUGAAAUGAAGCACCGAUCUCAUCUUUAUGGCACAGAAGGUGAAACAGAGGCGCAAAGAAAAGUGAAACAAUUGAAAAAUUACGAUUGAAUGAGUUGUAACAAAUUGAUGUAAAUAAUCAUUAAGAGAAAGGAGCAUAGAAAUUCCCUGUUGUAAAUAGAAAUGUUGUAGUAGAAAUUAUAUUUU